UGCGCAGUGAGCCUCGAGUCUCCCUAGAAUGUCUUCGUCUUAAACGUGAAACAUCUGAUGUUUUAAAGCUUGGAACAACGCACGCAUGUUUAGUUUUCUAAAGAGUGAGCAACGGUUAGAGCGCAGGAAUGCGUACUCUACGCAUGCGCGCCGCAAGGAAACGGCGGCAAACCGCCGCCGUACGAAAUUUCCAGCCGUCCAAUCCAUCCUGGUGCUCUCAGUGGAAGUCAACAGCAGAAGGGUGAAACAUCCCAUGAUCAGUGAAGGGGCUCACCACUUUGAAGUGACUCGACUGCUGAAUAGAUGUUCACUGUUAUCAUUUAAUUUAAAGGAUUUAUGAAACGCCUGGCUUUUCAUAUUUAACAAUGUUACUGGCAACGAAGCAACUGGUUUUAUUUACUGUUUUAAGCAUCGGUUCUUGUUUGCCCUGGCACAAGCAUCAGCAACAUGAAGAAAAGGAUCUGUACAAAACUGGUGUCCAUACUAUUCCUCUUGGAUCAGAAGCCACUUUUCAUUGGAGGGUUGAUUUUAUGAGUGAGCUGAUAGUCGCAGAGGUUCACUACAUAGGCGUGGACAACACCUGGUUCGCCAUUGGCUUCUCAAACUAUGGGGAACUGAAGCCUGCUGAUUACUGCAUCUUGUGGACCGAUUGGCAUCGUCAGACUCAAUUACAGGACGCGUGGGCGGAUGAGGAAGGCAAGUUGAACUUGGACGCGCUGCAGGACUGUGAAGAUUUCGCAUGGAGAAGGAGGGGGAAUGUUACCAAGUUCACUUUCUCGAGGAAAUUCGACACUUGCGACGAGAACGACUACAUCAUGGAGAGAGGUACCACGCAUUUGGUGUGGCUGAGGGGUCUCGGUCCACUGUCGUCUCUGGCUGGUCUUCAGAUCUCGGACGCCGAGACUUCCGGUAUGACUCGGACGGAAUUGAUCAGGGUGCAGCACAAGAAACCGAGCUUCCCUUCCAACGCGUGGCAGUUGGAGAUGCUGGCCAGCCAAGUAAAAGUGCCGAACAAGGAGACCACUUAUUGGUGCCGCGUACAGAAGCUACCGCCAGCUUUAUCUCAGAAGCACCAUAUCCUUCAAUUUGGCCCAGUGAUACAACCAGGAAACGAGCAUUUGGUGCACCACAUGGAAGUUUUCCACUGUGCCGGGUCUGCGAACCUUGAAGUCCCCAUGUACGAUGGCCCCUGCGAUGCACCUGACAGGCCAGAGAAAACCCAAAUCUGCAAAAAGGUGUUAGCAGCGUGGGCAAUGGGAGCGGACGCCUUCGUUUAUCCCCAGGAAGUCGGACUGUCCAUCGGCGGAAAGGACUUCAAUUCCUACGUGAUGCUGGAGGUCCAUUACAACAAUCCCGAGCUCGAGGACGGGAAAAUCGAUUCCUCCGGGAUUCGUUUCAUUCUCACGAAGAGUUUGCGGAAGUACGACGCCGGCGUGAUCGAGUUGGGUUUAGAGUAUACGGAUAAAAUGGCGAUACCACCGAAACAAGAAGCUUUCACUUUAUCUGGACACUGUAUACAAGAGUGUACCGGGGUUGGCAUCCCGCAACGCGGGAUUCACAUCUUCGCGUCGCAACUUCACACGCACUUGACAGGGACCAAAGUGAUCACACGGCACAUUAGGGACGGAGAGGAAUUACCGCCGUUGAAUUACGACAAUCAUUAUUCCACUCAUUUCCAAGAGAUUCGACUGCUGCCGAAACCAGUCACGAUCUUGCCUGGCGAUUCGUUGAUAACAACCUGCACGUACAAGACAAUGGAAAGAGAGAAUGUCACUCUAGGUGGUUUCGCGAUUUCCGACGAGAUGUGCGUGAACUACAUUCAUUACUACCCUAACGCUCGGUUAGAGGUUUGCAAAAGCGCCAUAAGCGACGACGCUCUGAGGACCUACUUCCGUUAUAUGAGAGAGUGGGAGAGCCAGCCAACCAGCAACGAAAAGGGAAUCUCGUCGAACUAUAAGAGCAUCCAGUGGACCAAGGUUCGCGUGCAGGCUCUGCACGACCUCUACGAGGCAGCACCGUUAGGAAUGCAAUGCAAUGGAUCGGACGGAUCUCGACUUCCGGGACUAUGGGACAACAUAGCAGCUACACCGGUUAAGCUUCCUGUGCCUCCGCCAGCUCGAAGUUGCCCCGACUCGUUGAAGCAGGAAACGGCCGACUAUGAUUAAAUCCUCGUCGAAUCUCCAUUACGAAACGUUAACGUUAGAUUUACGGAACCCGUCAGUGCGACGGAUAUCGAAAUUUUUAAACAUUAUUUAGGAACAGUUUAAUUUUGAUUCGUGCAAUUGUGCGAAUACGCAUUGUAAUACUCUGGUUUUGAAGUUAUUUUCGUGAUCUAUAUAAACGAACAGCUUUCUAAGAACAAUGGAAUAAAAUGUAGAAUAAAUCUAGUGUUAACGAAGACGCUGUCCGGGAAUAAAUGUUAAAUUUCGAAAAUUUCAUCGUCAACCGUUAAUCUUGAGCAGCAGGUUUUUCAGUCUGAUUUGUUGAUGAAAUCUCAAUGGAACUGUAACGCUGCAGGAAUGUCUAAUGUAAAUUCCUCGCUAAAUAAA